AUGGAGUGUAAAAGUUUGUACAAAAACAACUUUGUGAAGCCGGGCAGCAAGUCGAAAGUUGCCGCCGAUUUGUACCACAAAACGCAGCGUCAAGAAUCGCGACAUGAAAUACGCCAAUCGUUUCGCAAUAUGCACGAUUCGGACGAGGAGAACGAUGUGGGGCUCACCCAAAACGAUCAUCCUCCGUGUCCCGGUGACCGCGACAAGGGUAAACGCCCAAAGAAUAAAGCCUACGGCGAACGGCUAAACCGCUUGCUACGUUUUCGCGAGCUAAGACAAAUGCAAAAGCAGCUGCAGCAAGCAAGGCAUAAAAAAGAUAGACCAUUCAUACCGGUGGUUUCACAAAGCGAAAUUGUUGCCCUUGCGGAGUGGGAACUGCAACUAUCUAACGACGUGCUGCGAAAAUUGGAAGCAAAACAAAAGGAAGCUCAAGCGCCAGCCUGUUCGUCACAUCACAAGCCGGCAAAGCUGGUUAGUGCGCUAAUGAGCACGACGCCGCGAUUGGAAAAAGUUGCCACAGGGUCCAACGGUGCAAAGAGUUCUAGUGCGCGGAAGGCCAUGACUCCUAGAUUCAAGACCGUUGUCACUGGGUCCACAUCCAAGAACCAUGCACCCAAACAACCGCUAUCGGAAAACAACAGGACGCCCGUUCCGCCCGCUCCCAGAGUGGCUCAUGCAGCCUCACGUGUAGACUGUUGGCGACGCGAUAAUCUGCCGCCGGGAGUCACGAAUAGGCGUAAACAGCAGCAGGGCAACACCCCUGUCGUACCCUUGUGUAGCAAGAAACCCCAGGUUGGCGGCACAGCGGAUCCUGCAUCGCUCUUGAAAGGGGGCAUCAAAAAGCCUUCGAAACCCGUAAAAGACGGUAUUCGACAGAAACCAUUGAAAGCAUUGGAAAACGUUCGUCUUGGCGUUGCACAGCAAUCUCGGCCACUGGUCCCGAAAUCGCGCGAAUUUAAAUUUACUCUCAAACCGACCGAUGCGAAAGCAAACCAAAACUCGAAAAAUCCAAUGGUUACUUCGACGAUUAGGAAGCUCAAGAAACCGUUACCAUUUUCGAUCGCACCAUCCGAUGGGUACGUUUUAAAAGUUCCUAAUUCGGAGACGUUUUUCGAUGGUAUCAGUCCGAUCGAAAUUGAAACACCGCUUAAAGAGCAACCGGGAAAAGUGCACGGCCGGGCAAAAGAGCACAGUCUAUGGGAGCCUCAACCCGUGGCAGAACCCGUGGUCGAACCCGUGACGGAGCUCGUAACGUCGGAACAGCAAGGAAAGAAUACGUUUGAAGUGCAAAAAGAGCACAUUAAGCAGAAGACGAAUUUCUAUUACAACAAGGUUGAAUGCGAACGUAACCGACUUGAAGAACUGUGCAAUCGUUUUGGAGCCGGCUUAGAAUUCGAAGAGCUCAACGAUCAUUGCAAAGGCUUAAUCCUUGCCGCGCAGGGUCAAACGAACAUUUUGAUCCACAAAAAGCUGACCAAGUUCCGCGAGCUCAUUGAGCACUACGAAAAGAAAUGGGAUGAUCGCAAAGUGCGCCAUGAUGAUCUGGAUGGUUUCUGGCAGAUGGUGUCGUUAGACUUGGAAAAUCUUGACAAACGGUUCGCUGAACUGCAACGGUUAAAGGACAACAAUUGGCAAGAAGAGCAAGAACCCGUUGUGGAGGAACCUCCGAAGGUUAAAAAACUACAAGCAGGCGGUGGUGUCCGCAAGCGCGAGAAGAAACCGGCAGUAAGAGCGAAAGCGGUAACAAAGUCCUCGUCUGCCAUUGCCGAUAUAAUUCGUAAAGCUCGGCGUGAGCAGCAGAAUCAAAAUAUAAUCGAGUUGGAACCAUUGGCCGAAACUGUGAUGGCAAUCGCAUCCCCAGUUAAGCUCAUGUCCCGUAUCAGCGAUACUCCCAAGCGCAGCAGCAUUUUGAAGCGGCGAUCGAGUAUUUGCCAACUCUGCUCUCCGGAUGUAACGAACAAGAUCAACAGUCCGUCAUUGAACAGACGUAAUACAGUUUUUGUUGAUGCUAUCAAAGCAGAUGUUGAAAACGUUAAACGCGGCUUAAAGACGUCCAUCUCCGGUAGACUUCGUGGGAAGAGUGUUCUUUUCAUAGACGAAGGCCUGGAAACCCCAAAAUCGAGUCGGCGAAGCACUCGGUUUGUUGUAGACAACCCAAAACCACAUUUGAAAUUAAACGAUGAAUCCGAGAAUAAUGUGGACGAUAGGGAAGAGCCACAGAAGCAACCGAAGCGAAGAUCGCUUUCACAGUUCACCGAAGAAAACGAUCUACCGGCCACCGAGUUGAGUGAAUCGAAUUUACGAUUAGAUGAAAAAAUAUCUCUAUCACUUACUCUGAGUCCACAAACAAAGCUAAUCCAGAAACCAUCAUUGGUGGCCACCACUAAAACCCAGAUGCCCGAGGAGGUGCAACAGAAAACCGUUUUCUACAAUAACAAGGUGGGCAGCGAACGGAAACGACUGGAAGCUUUGUGCAAUGAUUACGUUCCUUUCUUAGGAUGUGAAGAAUUGAGUGAUCACUGCAAAGGCUUAAUCCUUGCCGCGCAGGGUCAAACGAACAUUUUGAUCCACAAAAAGCUGACCAAGUUCCGCGAGCUCAUUGGCCACUACGAAACAAAAUGGGAUGAUCGCAAAGUGCGCCAUGAUGAUCUGGACGGCUUCUGGCAGAUGGUGUCGUUGGAUUUGGAAAAUCUCGACAAACGUUUCGCUGAACUGCAUCGGUUGAAGGACAAUAAUUGGCAAGAAGAGCAAGAACCCUUUGUGGAGGAUCCUCCGAAGGUUAAAAAACUACAAGCGGGUGGUGGUGUUCGUAAGCGCGAAAAGAAACCCACAGCGAAUGGUGCAACGAAGGCCUCGUCCGCCAUUGCCGAUUUGAUCCGAAAAGUACGGAAAGAUCAGAAGCAGAAAGCACUCGAUCUUGGUCCGCUGACUGAGACUGUAAACCUGACCGCGACGCCAAUUAAAAGAUCGUCACGCAAUACAGAAAACUCGAAAUGCAAUUAUGACUCCGACUUCGCUCCAUGCGUUUCGAGCCCGGCCGUAGCAAAACGUUAUACGAUAUUUCCUGGUAUGAAUCCAUUGAAUGGGGAGAACAUUAAAUCAAUCCUGAAAACACCCAGCGUGGGAAGAAAGGAAUCUCGCUCGAAAAGUGUGUUGUUCUUGGAUGCGAGCGAAACACCGCAAGCGGCCCAGCGGCAGAGUUCGCGGCUCAUUGUUGCCACACCGAAACCGAAGCUUACCUUUAGCGAUCACUUGGAGUUUGAGCACAUCGACAAUCUUGAUUUGCGAACGCCUUCCCGAUUCGAUGGCGAAUUGCACAAACGACGCCAACAAUCCGGUCUUACAAAUUUUAUGGCAAAAGAAGCGAGCCAAUCGAGUGAUGAUGAAGUUUUUGUCGAAACUCCACGAAGACGAACCAGAACCUCGCGGACACUCUCCGCAAUCUUCAGCGCCAACACAGGUGAUGGCAUCAGCAGUACAAAAGAGCAAGUGAUGGAGAGGUCCGCCAAGCGAAACACUCGCGCGACGUCCAGCAGAGUGCACAUCGAGACCUAGCUUCGGUUCAAGCUUACACUGUGGGUUAUUUUUUAAUGUAAGUCAUUCAUUGUUUUACUUUUCAAAAGGUGUGAGCUUGUACUUAGAA